CAAUCCUCCUUUAGCUGACAGUUUCUCACAAGUUAUAACUUUAUUCAUGGCUGCUCAAAAUCAUGUCCAAGUUACCAUUCCCAAAGAAAAUCAAGCCCCUGAAGAGGAUUUUGACUACUCUCAAAGAGCACAGUGGGUUCGAGCCGCUGUGUUAGGAGCAAAUGAUGGAUUAGUCUCAAUUGCAUCCUUGAUGAUGGGUGUCGGAGCUGUUCAAGAAAACGUUAAAACCAUGAUCAUUACUGGAUUUGCAGGUUUAUUUGCCGGUGCUUGUAGCAUGGCUAUAGGAGAGUUUGUCUCUGUGUACUCUCAACUAGACAUAGAGCGAGCUCAACUGAAGAGAGACAAAACAACAGGAGGACAGAACCAAGAAUCCGAAGAAGGUGACAAGGAACAACUGCCAAAUCCAUUUCAGGCGGCCAUAGCCUCGAGUGUUGCAUUUUCAUUGGGUGCCAUUGUGCCUAUUCUUGCUGCUGCAUUCAUAGCAGAUCAUAAGGUGAGGCUUUCUGUGAUCGUGGCUGCGGUGAGCUUGGCAUUGGUCGCAUUUGGAGGAAUUGGUGCUUUCUUGGGCAGAAGUCCUAUGGUGAAAUCUUGUGCUAGAGUUUUAAUUGGUGGCUGGAUGGCUAUGGCCAUUACCUUUGGCCUUACCAAGCUGAUUGGCUCUACUGGCCUGGAGAUGUGAUCGAAACUUUAUGUUCCUGUCUCUAGUCCUAGUUUAAUCUCAUCUGCUUAAGAAAUCUGUACUAGAAAGUUGACUAAAUACCCUUUGUAUAAUAAUACCGUGAAGCAGUCUGUGAAUUUGUAUUGAUCUUCCUACUGAUAAUAUUAGCUA